UACAUCAUCGAUGGAUACUCGAUUACCGAUAACUCAGCUGUUAAUCUACUACAAGUGCAUGAACUUCGACGUUUUCUCGUCACUCUUUACGUAAAAUGCAUAGUUUACUAUGCACUUGCCUCGAACAAGCUGCAAAGCUGGCUAGCUAAUGAAACCGUGCGUGCUACCUUGGACCCGAUAGUGGCUAAUCCUCGCUAUGCAGAUGUGGAUCAUCUGUUCUGUUCAACGAACGAUGAAGAUUUCGACAUGAAUGAAAUGGGCAUCUCUCGAAGCAGCUUUACCGAAUGGUACUCACUCUGGAUUGCACAUUGCAUUCAUAAAAGGAGCGAACGAAAUCCAGAAGAAGAAUUGUAA